AAAAAUGGAAGAAACAUGAAAAAGAUCAAGAAGUUGAGGAACCAGUGCAGGAAUGGUGUCACCAAGCCUGCCAUCAUUUUCUCAUUUGUUUAGGAGAUCUUGCUCGAUACACCUGUGAUCUCGGUUAUGAAGAGAAUGCAGACCUUGCAAAACGUUACUACUACCAAGCUUUCAGUGUGGAUCCCUCUAUGGGAAUGCCUCACAACCAGCUAGGAACAUUAACAGGAAUGACAGCAGGAGGCUGUAAUGCUGUCUAUCAUUACUUACGAUGUUUACAGUCACCAAAGCCAUUUGAUGGGGCUGAAGGAAAUUUACAACGUGUUUUUGAGAAGAAUAUUCAGAUCUUCAAGGAAUUGGAUCACACAGAAUCAGAAGUAGAUGGUGAUCUUUUGACACAAAGAUUUUUAGCCAGGUUUGUGAAGUUAUGUGAAGACUUUCUGAUGUGCCAAGAAGACAAUGUACAGUCACUCUGUCAAGACUUGCUACAGGACUUUCACCAUUGUAUGACCACAGGUCAAUACAUAAAUAAUGAAAAUAAAGAAACUGAACAGAUUGAUAGCAGUCUGCUCUUCAAGUUAACAUUGAUGGCUGUCAUGUGCGUUCAUCGGCUACAGACUACUGGGAGUCCUCUAAUGUCUGCUGCGACAGCUUUUCUUCUGACAUUUUUCUCCCACCAGUGUUAUUAUUGUGUUCAACGAUUACAACAUUGUCUCUUUUCAUCUUCCUCUAAUGUCCAUCACUUCAAGGUUUUUCAAGAUACUG